UCCAUAACGCGACCUCACGAACCUUCCAGACCCCGCUCCCGGAAAUCUCAAAAGCCGACCGCGCCACGCUCUGAUCCGUCGCAGCCUCCGGGAGGACCAUCGACUCUGCAGAUCGACCGAGCCAUAGCCAUAGCCAUGGACGUCCUGAAGCGCGAGCUGCAGCGCAAGCGCCAGCAGCUGGACGCCGACUUCGGCGGCCGCAAGGUGCUCCGCCGCGCCGAAAUCGAGGCGCGUGAGAUCCAGCGCCUCCGCGUCGCCGAGCAGGAGCGCCUCCUACAGAAGCGGCAGAAGGAGGAGCAGCUCCGGUCCAACCCCGCCGCCGCCUCCUCCUCCUCCUCCUCGAUGCCCGCGUUGCCUCCAGCCGCCGCCUCCGACGUGGCGAAGGCCGACGACCGAGCGGACGAUUCGAGGGAUUCGUCGUCGCUCCCGAGGGAGGAGGUGGUCCGGCGCCUGCGUCUGCUGCGCCAGCCGGCCACCCUCUUCGGCGAGGACGACGCCGCGCGCCUCCGCCGCCUCCACGACGCGCUCGAGGACCCCGCCGCGGUCGCGGGCGUGGACGCCACCGAGAUCGGGGAGGGGCAGACCAACGACUUCCUCCGCGACAUCCAGGCCCCGCGCGCCAAGGCCGCGGCCGUGGCGUCCAAGCCCAAGCCCGGCGCGGCCGAGAGGAGCGGCGGCGAGAAAGAUAAGGACGAGGUUCCUUUCGACGAGCUCUGCGACGAGGACAAGAUCGUGGCCUUCUUCAAGCGGCUGCUGGGCGAGUGGAGCCAGGAACUAGACGAGAUGCCCGACGUGGAGCGGCGCACGGCCAGGGGCAAGGCGGCAGUGGCCACCUGCAAGCAGUGCGCGCGCUAUCUGGAGCCGCUGUUCAAGCUGUGCAGGAAGAAGGACCUCCCCGGCGACGUCCGGCGCGCGCUGCUGGACGUGGUGAGGUGCUGCGCGCGGCGGGACUACCUGGCGGCGACGGACGCCUACAUCAGGAUGGCGAUCGGCAACUCGCCGUGGCCGAUCGGGGUGACCAUGGUGGGCAUCCACGAGCGGUCGGCCCGGGAGAAGAUCCACGCCAACGGCGUCGCCCACGUGAUGAACGACGAGACGACCAGGAAGUACCUGCAGUCCGUGAAGCGGCUCAUGACCUUCUGCCAGCGCAGGUACCCCACGGACCCGUCCAGGUCCGUCGAGUUCAACAGCCUCGCCAAUGGCAGCGACCUGCAGUCCCUCCUCGCCGAGAAGGGCGCCGAGAACCGCCCGGAGGAGACGCUCCGGCUGGUGGCUGCCUCUUGACAGACGACGAAUCACCAUCGCCAAUCUCUGCAUUGUAGAAGCUCAACUCCAACUUUAUUGCCAUUUGAGAAACAGCUGAUUACUGAAAAUUGUUCUCUUGCGCUCUUGUUGGCUGAUAAAAUCUGGCUGUGAUAAUCAAGACCUAAAGCCAUCCUGAUGACAGUUUGUAUAUUCAUUAUUUUGUUGUAGACACGGUAAAAAGUUGGGAGUGUGAUGAUGAUUACUUUA